AUAGUUUAAGUUGGAACUUUAUGGUUGUUUAUGAUUUGCCACUAAAUACGGUAUUUAAAUGCAGCAGAUUUCUUUGAUUUCGACCUAUACUUAGAAUGCGUAUGUUUGUAGUACUUGCAUUGCUUUUGACAGUUGUAUAUGCCCAGUCGUCUCAUAUCAGCUGGUCCGAUGCUUUCAGAGCUUACUCGACAGAAAUGGAGAUAGAGGGUUAUUGUAAAAGAACUCUGGACAUGAUUUUUCGCGGUGUGGAAGCACCCAUACGGACAGGAAGUAUUGUUAACGUGGAUAUUUGCGAGUACUGCGUGUGUACAGGGGACGGUUCGUUUAGAUGCUGCCUUAACAUUACGAAUGCUGGUAGAGAUUAUUUUGAACCCGAGGCUGGGGGAAGAACAUGCACCUUAUGCAGUUGUGCUUCCAUCGAAACCGACAUAACUGAUCACCAGCGACAACGUGCUAUACAACAUAAUCAAACACCAGAUCCAAAUUGCUACAGGUUUGGACUGAAGUCUUGCGUGGGAUCGUUAUGCAUGCACCCCGUAAUGCAAAAACCAGCGUGCAUUGCGACGCAAAUAGGACCAGGUGGUUGCUGUGAUAUCUGCACUACUGAAGGGUGUUUCUUGCAGUGGCAUGAAAACGAAAAUACUUUCAGACAAGUCGGCCAUUGGAAAGGUUUCCAAAAUUUGUCCGGCAAGAUAAUUAGUCUCGAGCUGGGUAUGAGCAUUAGAAAGGGCUGUGUUGCAGUUCACUGCCAGAAAGCACCCGAUGGUUUGGCAUCGCAAUUACGGCUUGAAAAUACGUGUAACUGAAGAGGUGUCAAGUUUUGAUGUAGCAUGUAACAUUUGAAACCAAUUACAAUCGUGUACAAUAUGCCCUUAAACAAAACACGCGUACUUUUUGCAGUAAUUGAUAACAUAAUAAAAGUAUAUAUGACUCAGA